AUGGUGGAGUACCGGAUCCGUCCGUACCGAGACGAGGACUACAAUGCAGUGCGCGAGGUCUUUGCAGCCAGCAUGAGCGAGUACGUGCCCGCCCUGUGCCAGCACGUCCUGCGGCAGCCAUGGGUGCUGCUGCUGCUGGGCUGCACCUUCUGCCUGCUGCUGGCCAGCGCCCGCUCCCUCCUGUUGCCUGUCUUGGCUGUCACCCUGCUGCUGGCACUCGCCCGGCACCUCCUAGGUUACGCCUGGAACACCUACAUCGAGCACUGCCUUGAUGACGACCUGCGCGACAUCGCUGCUUCCUAUGCCGAGAGCGCCGGUGCCCGCUUCUGGGUGGCGGAGGCAGAUGAGAGGGUGGUGGGCACAGUGGGCGUGCGGCCAGGUGACGCUGAGGGCGAGCUGGCCCUGAAGAGGAUGGCGGUGCGGAAGGGUUACCGAGGCUCGGGCAUCGCCACGGCCUUGGGGCGCACUGUGCUGGCUUUCGCCCGGCAGAGCGGGUGCCAGGCUGUGGUGCUCAACACGUUGAUGGUGCAGCACGAGGCUCGUGCCCUCUACGAGCGUCUGGGUUUCUGCUGGCACCGCCGCUACGUCCUACCGACCAUCUAUGGCCACUUGGCCAACUGCACCAUCACUGUCUACCGCUACGACCUCUCCGGCACUCCCUGA